UUACUCCCCACUUCCUCCGCCUUCUCUCUCUCUUCACUUCUCCGAUUCACUCUCUUUCACAGGCACUUCACCUUCUUCCUUCUCUUUCCCUCUCCUUUAACCAAUUUUCUUCUUCCUCUCCUCCUCCUCCUCCCUCUCUCUCAUGGAUUUCCCAUUGUUUUUCUUCCUCAUACUCACCAGCAAAUGAAUCACUACCCACUUCGCCAUCUUCCUCCUUCUUGUUCCUACAUGUAGUUUCUUCUGGUUCUGCGAUUAUCUUGUUCUGAUUCUCUCAUGGAUUUUCACAAUCACAAGCUUUUCAUCCUCAUUUCUUUCGUUCGCCUAUGAUCCCUUGCGUUUCCUUAUACCCACCCAAGAGAUAAUCGGUGCCCACUUCGCCAUCUUCCUCCUUGAACCUUGAAAAAUCCCUCAUGGCCCUUGAAACUUUGCUUGUCAAGGUCAAAACUGCGGUGUCCAACAGCUUCGACUCCGUUCGACCCUCGAAGCCGAAUCUUCUCAAGAUGCCGUCUCUCAAAUCUAAUAAACGACACGUCGGCGGAGUCUUGGCCUUCGAGAUCGCCGGACUCAUGUCGAAGCUCCUCCACCUCUCCCACUCCCUCUCCGAUUCCAGCAUAAUCCGUCUCCGAAACGACGCCGUCUCCCUCGAAGGUGUCCGUAAGAUUGUCUCCAACGAUGAGUCCUUCCUCCUUAGCCUCGCCUGCGCUGAGUUCGCCGACAACCUCAGAAUCCUUGUCGAUUCCGUCUCUAGACUUUGCCUUAAAUGCCAAGACCCGAAUCUCCGAUCAUUCGACCCGAUAUUCCGAGGUUUCGCCGAUUCGGGUAUCGACCCGAACCGCUGGGUCCUCUCGGGUCCGAAAGAAAUCGAAGCCUGUGACAAGAAAAUGGAACGUUACGUGACUCUUACGGCAGCGUUGUACAAAGAAAUGGACGAACUUUCAUUUCUAGAAAGUAGGUUGAGAAAAACUCUGCACCACAGCAACGAUACCAAAAAGCAGAAGAAAGCUUAUGAGCUUCAACAGAAGAUUUUCUGGAAGAAACAAGAGGUAAAGGAUUUGAAAGAUAGAUCUUUAUGGAAUAGAACCUUCGAUUCUGUAGUUCCAUUGCUUGUGAGGUCAAUUUUCACUGUCCUAGCGAGAGUCAAGCAUGUUUUUGCCAUAGGAAAUUCUGUUCCUCCUCUGUCUCGUAGUCUAUCAUCUUCAGCUUUAGUUUACCCCUCAGAUCAAAACCAGAACGCUUCUUCUUGGACAUUCGUGUCUGGGCCAUUGAAAAGUCCGAAGCUUGAAGAUGACAAGAAUAAUUCAACAUCUGGGUUUUUUGAAUUUCAUUGCAAUCUCUUAAACCCACCUCCUAGAACUCUAGGUGCUUCAGCUUUGGCUCUGCACUAUGCCAAUUUAAUCAUAGUGAUGGAGAAGAUGAUAAAGUCACCCCACUUGGUUGGACUAGACGCGAGGGAUGAUCUGUAUGCUAUGUUACCAAACAGCAUAAGAUCAUCGUUAAGGUCACGAUUGAGAGGUAUAGGGUUUUCUGCAAGUGAUGCUGUGCUUGCAGGAGAAUGGAGGGAAGCUUUAGGGAGGAUUCUGGGGUGGUUAUCGCCAUUGGCUCAUAAUAUGAUUAAGUGGCAGAGUGAAAGGAGCUUUGAGCAGCAGAAUUUGGUGCAGAAAAGUACUAAUGUGUUACUGUUGCAGACUUUGUUCUUUGCUAAUAAAGACAAGACUGAAGCCGCCAUAACUGAGCUGCUUGUGGGGUUGAAUUAUAUCUGCAGGUUUGAGAGAGAAAUGACUGCUCAAGCCUUGUUUCAUUGUGCCAAUCUCAAUCUUGGAUUGCUCAAUUUGCAGAGACCUUGCUAGAGAUUUUCAUGAUUUUGGAUGAGGAAAUAAUAUAAUAUUCGUUUUUUUUU